AUGCACGAAUAUCGUCUCGAUGAUGACAAUGCCGAAAUCCAGGAAGAUGGUUGGGUGGUUUGCAGAGUUUUCAAGAAGAAGAACCACACCCGAGGCUUCCAACCCGAGCACGACCCAGAUGACAUCACGGUUGUACCUUUCCAUGCAUCUGGUGGUUGUACCUCGGUGCAGAACAAGCACAUGUUACCCGACCCAAACCCGAACCAAUUCAUGAGCUACUCAUUCGACAACGGAAGUAACUCGACCCACCUCCCGCAGCUGCUCAGCCCCGACCAGGCAUUGCUCUCGCCCGCCAAUUCGUUUUUGCCCUCCCUCCCAAUGGGCCCCACGGCGCUCGACGGGCAAGGGUCUCGGAACCUCCUCGGAUUAACUCCGGCCGGCGGGCUCGUGCCGCCGGAGAAAUUUUCCGGCGACUGGUCGUUUCUGGACAAGCUUCUUGCCAACCAUCACCACCACAAUGUGGAUCAUCCGAUGGGGAAAUGCCAACAGUUUUCGCAGGUCGCUGACCUGGCACCGCAGCCAGCUCAGCGCUUCCCGUUGUCUUACCAUGUGUUCGACUCGGAUUUUCAGAGAUAUUCUAAGUAG